UGCGUCGCGGCGUGCGCACUGCGCUUCCGAUACGAACCUACUGCACAGAGGCUGAUACGUCGUCGGGUGCGAUACAUUCGAAGGUGAAGGUGCAAAGCAACCACUGUGCGUGUACCGCAGGAACGCGGAAUAUCGUUGUUUUGACUACGUUCUGCCGCUCUAGUCAACAUGUUUCUUGGCAGAUCGCACAUGAAGAGGGCGUUGAUGGCCCUAGCGGUGGCUGUUGUUCUGGUGGGUUUGGCUGUCGGUCUAGUCUUCGCCUUGCGACCUCAACCCGACGAUGGCCCGAAACCACUGCCGCCCUCAGACUCCAUCAUGGGCGUCUACACUCAUGCUGCAGUCGCCACGAAUGGGUAUUUGUGCGCGGGUAUUGGAAGAGAUAUAUUAGAGAUGGGAGGUAAUGCUGUUGAGGCUGCAAUAGCUGCUCUCUUCUGUGAGGGAGUGAUCUGUCUGCAGAGCAUGGGAAUAGGGGGUGGCUUCCUAAUGACAAUUUACUCUCGAGAGAACCAGACUGCAGUGACACUGAAUGCACGUGAAACAGCACCUGCAAAUUCCUCUCCAGACAUGUACCAUGGAAAUUCUACACUUUCUCAACGUGGUGGGAUGGCUGCUGCUGUGCCCGGUGAACUGAAAGGUUACUGGGAAGCAUUUAGUGCCUAUAAAAGUGGGAAUGUAACAUGGAGUGAUCUUGUAUACCCAUCAGUUAAAAUCUGCCAGGAAGGCUUUGAGGUUAGUUCCUACUUAGCAAACGUUCUUAAAUCAAAUGAGGACAGCAUUAAGGAGAGUGAGACUCUUAGUGAACUUUUGAUCAAUCCUGAAACUGGAAAUGUGUGGCAGCUGGGUGACAUUCUGAAACGACCUACUUUAGGUGAAACAUUAAUACAAAUUGCUGAAUAUGGUAUAGAUAUUUUCUAUAAUGGCUCGCUUGGUGAGGACUUUAUUCAGGAUGUCAAAGAUCUUGGAGGAGUCAUGACAAUGGAUGACCUAAGGGAUUAUGAGGUUGUUUGGGAGCCUCCAGUUUCUGCUAAAAUGGGUGGUAACAUUACACUAUAUACAUCUCCCCUACCUGGAUCAGGACCUCUGCUUGUAUUUAUGCUGAAUAUCUUGGAUGGUUAUAUACCUACCUCUGAUGAGAUCACAACAUAUCAGCGUAUCACAGAAGCUUUUAAAUAUGGGUAUGGCAGAAGGACAGAAUUAGGUGAUCCUUAUUUUAAUGAGAGUGUUUUAGAGAUUGUUAAAAACUUAACAUCAAGAAGUUAUGCAGAAAGUAUACGUGCACAAAUAACUGAUACUGAAACAUACAAUGACCCGGAACACUAUGGAGCUGUGUUGAGUCAGCCUGAUGAUCAUGGGACAGCACAUAUUUCAGUCAUUGCACCUAAUGGAGAUGCUGUCUCUGUCACAAGUACCAUCAAUUUAAUAUUUGGUGCAAAGGUUGUAUCAAACUCUACAGGUAUCAUCCUUAAUGAUGAGAUGGAUGAUUUCUCUGCACCAAACAUUACCAAUGCAUUUGGAAUUCCUCCAUCGCCAGCCAAUUUUAUUCAGCCAGGGAAAAGACCACUUUCAUCCAUGACACCCGCAAUUUUUGUCAAUGGCAGUGGAGAUGUACAACUUGUUACUGGGGCAGCUGGUGGAACUAAAAUUACAUCAGGGACAGCACUGGUCUCUAUGUAUAGCCUAUGGUUCAAUAAAACUAUAAAGGAAGCUAUUGACCACAGGCGAAUUCAUCAUCAAUUAUUUCCCAUGGCACUUCAGUAUGAAGAAGGGUUUGAGGAGAAUGUCAUCAAAGGCCUCACUGCAAUUGGCCAUGAUGUACAAGAAUUUGCUGUCGGUGGAUCAACAGCAACUGGGAUUGCUGUGUCUGGUGGGAAAAUUUACGCAAAUUCAGACUUCAGGCGCAAUGGAGUGGUUGCUGGUUUUUAAGAUCGUGAUCCUACGCUGUGGAAUUUUCAGAAUGUUAAAAAGUGUUGUGUAGCAAGACAAAGAGAUUAUGGUGCAUCUUGUGAUACUUUGCUUUGUCUACCCUACUCUCCCUCCAAGCAUCUCCCCUCCCACCACUCCUUCUCUCUCUUCAUGUCUAUGUUGGUUUAAAUCGACUCUGUGUGUGUGUGUGUGUGUGUGUGUGUGUGUGUGUGUGUGUGUGUGUAAAUAUGUAAAGCUAAAUAAAUGGAUAGGUAUGUGAGUACUGCAGUGGUGUACUAGGAGCAGUGUUUUAUGAACAAGUCAUAGUCCUAAGCUUCAAAGAGCUACGAAAUAUUUAACAUCUGGUGAUUUAAAAUUCAGUAUUACUGCUUCCUUUUUUAUGUGUAAUAUUUAUUUUAUUACUUGCCAAUGUUCUCUUGUACAUAAUGUGCAGUUGUGAAUUUUAUUAUUGAUUAUUUAUUGAAAAUGUGAUUAUUUUGUUAAGUCAUGUUUUGAUAUCCAUGCAACGGAAAUACAUGAUUGACAGUUA